AUGCCUCACAGCAACACACUAGCUCAACGACCUCCGGUGUAUUAUAUCGGACAUGCCGGUGUACCACUCCUCUUUGGGGAAGAUGAAACUAUCGUAAUUGCUCGAGAGAAUCUACGGGCGAUUGGAGAAGAGAUUCUGAGCUUGGAACCACGGCCAAAGGCUAUCAUCGCGUUCAGUGGACAUUUCGAAGCAGGAGAGAUACACGGUCCUGGAACGAUUGAGGUCAACGUGAAAGAGCAAACUCAUAUUCAGCAUGACUUUGUCGGUGAUUUUCACGACACGCAUCCCCAUGUGUACAAAUACGAAUGGGAUCACCAGGAUGCGCCCAAACUGGGCAGCGAGAUUUGGCGCUAUCUAAAAGAAAAUGGCCUCAAGGCGAAAAGAGUAGAAAGGGGAGUUGAUCAUGGCGUCUGGGUGCCUUUCAAAGUCAUGUUCCCACCAGAGCGGCCACUGGACAUUCCACUCAUCCAAGUCUCAACUUUUCACGGUUACGAUCUGGAAUCUCAGAUAAAAUUGGGGGAAGUUUUCGAAAGCCUUCGAGAAGAAGGGUACCUGAUCCUUGGAUCAGGUAUGGCUGUACAUUCGUUUUCUUCAAUUGAAGAGAUCAAAAAUGCGCCUACCAAGGAUGAAAGAGUCCUAGUAAAGAAAAAGGUCUUACAGGAGACGAGGAACUUUGACAAUUUUAUCCGAGAGGCGGUCGUUGAGAACGACCCGGCUGCCCGCAAGAAAGCGCUACUUGCUCUCGAGUCCCGCUAUGAAUUCAAGCGAAGCCAUCCCACAGUCGAGCAUUUCACCCCGUUGCUUGUGGCUGCAGGGGCGGCAGGAGAAGCAAGAGUUGAGCCUUUAGGUGUCGACAUCAUUUCUCCAGGCAUGUCAUUUUUGAAUGUUCGAUUUUCAUAG